UAUGGGCCGAGUAAUUGUCGGUAACAGCCAAUAGGAUGCGUGCUUUAGAAGCUAUUUUGUAGAAAAGGUAAACCCUAAAGCUGCCAAAAAUAGUAAACCGUAAGAAAAUCGCAAGUUAUUGUUGAAAUGAAGGAAGAGAGAGCCACCGCCUCUAGAAGAGUCCGUAGCCGGCGAUCCCACGGUGGUGAUCGCCGGCUUAAAGUGAAAGGAGAAACAAUAAGCGGUCUACCUGAUGUGAUCCUCCAACAUAUCCUCACCUAUAUUCCAACCAAAUACGCAAUCAGAACUUCGCUCUUGUCAAAACGAUGGAGGAAUGUAUGGUGUGAUACACCUUCCCUCUCCUUCAACAGCUCUGAACUUAACAACGCUUGGAUUAAUCAAACCCCAGCUUUCUACACCGCUCCCAAGAUGAUGCACUUUCACCUCGAAAGCGACAAGAAAGACGAUAUUCCCCACAUAGACAAGUGGCUAGAGUUCGUCAUGUCCCGGCGCGUGGAGAAUAUGUCCCUGUCUUUCUGGCUUGCAGAGUAUAAUAUUCCUGAGUUCUUCUAUGUUAGCUCCUCUCUCAAGCAACUCACCUUAAAGUUCUGUGGUAUGUCUCCCAAAUGCUCAGUGUCUUGGACAUCUCUCAAGAACCUUUCCUUGACUAGAUGUAGUGUCUCUGAUGAAUCUAUGGCUAAGAUUCUAUCUGGUUGUCCCGUUCUCGAGAGCUUAACAUUGAAUCGUUGCGAUAAACUAAGUAAUCUUGAUCUUAGCAGAUCACCGUGUUUGAGAACACUAGUAGUAGAGCGCAACAGUUGGAAUACGGGGCCAAAAGAUAUUGACGCACCCCAUAUACAUUAUCUCUAUUUGAGAUACUCUUGGUUCCCAUGUACUUUAGUUGAUGUCUCGUCUUUAACCGAAGCUAAUGUCAACAUUUGCACGAAUGAACUACCCUACAAAGUGGGUUCUCUUCAACCCACGGUGAUGAAUACGCUAGAAAAGCUACAGCAUGUUGAGAAACUUACUUUUGGAGGAAACCUUCUUCAGGUUUUAUCUGUUGCCCAGCAUCGUGGUGUUCCUUUUCCAAUGUUCAAGGUCAAAGCUUUGACACUUGGGACAAGGAUCUUUCGUUAUGUUAUCCCUGGCAUAAAAAUGUUGUUACAAAACUCGCAUGAUUUAAAGAAGCUAACAGUACACACAAUUCAUUGCGACAUCGAACUGGCAAAGCGUCUUGACCACAUCUUGUCAUCAGGCUUCAAUAAGGCGCUGUUGUGUCUGAGAUCAGAAGAUGCUGUCCAUUGGAAUGUUAAGUCAAAGCACCUGCCUUUGUUCGUCGAACUUGUGCUUAAAAACACAAAAACAUUAGACAAGAUGUUCUUAGUAUUGGACCAUCGUUACCGUAUGUUUAGAAAGAUUAUUCGAACACUUUCUCGCAACGACAAAAUCUCCAUUGUCGUCUCAGAACAGACUAGUGGUGAAUAAUAAGGUUUAGUCUUUGAAUCUUAAAGUUUAUUGUUACGUUUGAAUUUUUUAAAGUUUAACUUUUAUUUAUUUAUUUUGGAUCAAUUAGGAUUAUACAAUCCUGACUUUUCUUUCUCGAUAUUAAUUAUUAUAAUUCUUCUUUACCUUUGUCAACACU